CUCGCUCCACUUGCUCUGCCACACACCACAGUACGCUACGCUAGCCAACAGAUCGAGCAGGCGGCAUAAUGGCGAAGAAAGCUGGUGUAGUGAUGGGCAUGCUCCUCGCCCUCAACCUCCUCUUCUUCACCUUCUCCGACGCCUGCGGCUACUGCCCUAGUCCCGGCGGAGGAGGUGGAAGUGGAGGCGGAGGGGGUGGUGGUGGCGGAAGCGGAGGGUCAGGGGGAGGCAGCGGCGGCGGAGGGUCAGGAGGCGGAGGAGGGUCAGGAGGCGGCGGAGGGUCAGGAGGCGGCGGAGGGUCAGGUGGAGGCAGCGGCGGCGGCGGAAGCAGUAGUGGGCGGUGCCCGAUCGACGCGCUGAAGCUGGGGGUGUGCGCGAACGUGCUGAACGGGCUGAUAAACGUGCAGCUGGGGACGCCGCCGCGGCAGCCGUGCUGCACCCUCAUCCAGGGCCUCGCCGACCUGGAGGCCGCCGUCUGCCUCUGCACGGCGCUGCGUGCCAGCGUCCUCGGCAUCAACCUCAACGUCCCCAUCAACCUCAGCCUCCUCGUCAACUACUGCGGCCGCCGCGUCCCCUCCGGCUUCCAGUGCCCCAACAAUUAAUCAACUACUACAUACUAUAUGCAUGCAUGCAUUUCAAUUCCUCGAUCCGGUUGUUAAUGAUUUCAGUCCCAUAUAUAUGCAUGUAGCUGAAGCUGAUGCUUGCUAGCUACCUCUACAUGGUUAUUGUAUGCUUAAUUGUGUCCGUCUCUCCCCCUGUAUCACGCAUCAACUGCAACUGUGUAUUACCUACUAUCUCAUAUAUCUAUAUCAUCCAUGGAGUGAUUUCUUCUCUGCA